AGGCCGGUGGAGGCGGGGUUGUACGAAGGAAGCUGCUCGUGUAGCACAUCGAACAAAACAAAAGCGAUUAAACGGAACAUUUUACGACCACAUUUAUCUGCUGGUUUGCUGAUGAUGUCAGGUUUUGCGUCUUCUUCCUCCAAAAGUUUAACUUCCACUCCGCUCAAAUCCAAACCCAGCGCCCUGCAGCGCAGCAGAAGUGUAGAAUCCACAGGCGACUCCACCUCCUCUCUGCUGUCGCCCAUCUAUCAUGACAGCUUUGAGCUAUCAGAAGAUGAACCGGACCACGAUCAUGUUCAGCCCGCUAGUAACAACAUCACCGUCACGUCACGUGAAGAUGUUGCACCUGGAGAGGCAUCCAGUCAAACAAUUUUUUUCAGGGAUGAAUCUGGUACGACGGACAGGUCUUCCGAGGCACAGUUCACGCUGGGUGCCUGGGAGCAGUGGCUCGUGGAUAAAGCCCGGGACGAUCGCGCCAGAAAGCAACAGAAAGCUCUGGAGGAUCUCGCACUGAAGGAAAAGCAGGAACAAGAGAAAAAACAUCAGAUGAAGAAGAAAGUCGCCAGCGACGGUAAAAUUCAAGAAUGGCUGCAAAUGAAACGAGAGGAGGAAAAGAACAAAAGCAUUUCCAAGGAGUUCCAGAAAAGCAAAGAACAGCUUCAAGAGGAGAAAAGACGUGCAGGCAUUGAAAUCAAAGCCAGGGAGAAAUACAAAGAGUGGCUGAGACAAAAGAAACAGGAGGAAAUGGAGAGGAAGCUGAAAGAGAAGGAGGAAGCUGCCCGGAGAGAAAUGGAAGAGCAGGAGCGUAAAAAACAGGCGGAUGAGAGCUUUAAAGAAUGGCUGGAGGCGAUAAAAACGAAAGGAAAAGCGAGUCGACUUUGCUCGGCCGGCAACUAUAACAACGUGAAUUAUCCAUCGCCGAGCUUCGUAAACCCCAUUCCGUGGAAGCCCAUUCACAUACCACAACAUGACACAACGCCUCAGAAGAGUUUGAGAUGUAAGAAAACAUCUGGACCGCCAAAAAGCCAGUCGACCCCCUGUCUCACCUACAGACCUAAAGACACUCUCAGUUUUGCUUGCAAAAGACGGUGACAUUGGGGUCUGCUGGUCUGAGAUCAGUGUCGGACAAAAACAGGUAUUAAUGAAGUGUAUUCAAAUGAGCUUCUAGCUCCAGGAUACAAAAUCCACCUGUUAUACGGUUCAUGUUGGAUCCAACCAAAGGCUGAUUUGUAAAUCUCCAGGUUUGAUGUUUCUUGCGGAUCUCAUUCUGGUGGCAUAUUUUCACAUUCUGUAUUUGCUAUUUGUGGAUUUCACAAUAACACAUUUGUGUUAGUGAGUGUGUGAGUUUAACGUAUUGUUUUUGUACAGUUUUUCUCUUUCAAUAAAAGAUAUUUGAAGUGU